AUGUUUUUAUAUAUGUUUUAUUAUUUUUUCUUAUUACUUAUACAUUUUACGAUAAGUAUUCGACAUAGAAAUAUAUCAAGAACACACUUACAUUUAAAAACAAAUUAUGAAUUAUUAAGAAAAAAUAAAAGAAAGUUAAAAAUAUAUUCAAAAAAAAAAUUAAGAGAUUAUUUUUAUUUAAAAACGAAUCAUAAAUUAACAAAAAAAAACAAGUUUAAUUUAAAAUUAACAAGUACAUUUGUAUCAAAAUAUUAUAAAAUAAAUAUAAAUGAUGUUUACAAUUAUCUAAUCAGAAAAAAAUAUGAAUACAUAGAAAGCGAUGUAAAAAUAACAUUAAAGUACUGCCCUUUUUGUCCACCACAUAAAUAUAAAUAUGAUAACAUGUAUAAACAUGAAAUUUUUAAAAAUACUGGGAAUAGUUAUUGCCAUAGAUGCGGAUAUAAAGGAAGUUUCUAUGAUUUUAAAUUAAAGAUGGGUGAUUUAAUUACUGAUAACUUUGAAAACAGUUUUGUUAGAAAUACUUAUGAUGAAGAAAAGAUAACUUUUAAUGAAGUAAAAAUGUACAAUAUAAAUUUAUUGCAUUCAAAAGAAGCAGAAAAUGCUAGAAACUAUUUAAUUAAUGAAAGAAAAUUAAGCUUAAAAACAUUAAAAAGAUAUUAUAUAGGGUAUUCCGUAAUGGAGUUCCAAUCAUUUGAAAAUUCUGGUAAGUUUGAAAAACAUGAAUGCUUAAUAUUUCCAUUUUUAAAAAAAAUUGAUAUUACAAAUUCUAUGAGUACAAAUAUGAAUAAACAUAAUUUGAAUGAACAAGAAUCAUAUGAAGUUGUUCGAAUAAAAGUCAGAAGUUUAAAAGAUAAAGGAUAUAUGAGAUUAUAUCCAAAAAAUGUAAAAGAAGAAAUGAAAUUAUUUUUUUUUGGGGAGCACUUAGUUAACAACACAGAAGAAGUGGUUUUAACUGAAGGAGAGAUUGAUGCUAUGACAGUAAGUCAGCAAACUAAUUAUUCUGCCAUUUCCUUGCCUAAUGGUUCUAAAUCAUUACCAAUAUACUUACUACCCUAUUUAGAAAAAUUUAAGAAAAUUCAUUUGUGGCUAGAUUUCGAUAAAGCUGGAAAAUCUAGUGUUUUUAAUUUCGUUAACAAAAUUGGUUUAGCGAGAACAAAUGUAAUCAAUGAUGCUAAUAUUCAUUAUUUAAACCUGGAAGCGUUUAAAAAAAAAAAAAGUGAACUAACGAAGAAAAAAAAUUUGCUUUCUUCUAAUGAAAAUUAUGCUAUCUAUCACCAAGAAGAAACAAAGAAUCAAGGAAUCCAGAAUGAAAAUAAAAAUUUGAGUUCAAAAAAUUUAAAUGAUGAUAAAUUAGAAUCUAAUAAUUCAAUAGAUGAUAUGUUGAACUCAAAAAAUGUAAAUGAAAAUGGAUUGAAUCAGAAUAAUUUAAGUGAAAGUAUGUUAAAAUCAGAAAAUUUAAAAAAUGGAGAUAACACCAUAGAAGAUGAAAAUUUGAAUAAGUUAUAUUUCAUAGAUAAUAAUAUAAUGUAUAUAUCUAAUACUAUACAAAUUAAAGAUGCAAACGAUUGUUUAAAACAUAAUAUUGAUAUAAAUUUUUUCAUACAGAAUAGUGAAAAAAUUAAACAUAGCCAAAUAUUAAAUUUUAAUGAUCUAAGACAAAAUAUAUUGGAGGAAUUGAAAUAUCCUGAUAGAAUAAACGGCAUUAAAAGUAAAACCAUUCCGUCAUUAAAUAAAUAUUUAUAUGGAUUAAGAAUGGGAGAAUUAUCUAUUUGGACUGGAUCAACUGGAGUAGGAAAAACUACGCUUCUUUCACAACUUUCAUUAGAUUAUUGUAUUCAGGGAGUAUCAACUUUAUGGGGAUCAUUUGAAAUAAAUAAUGUAAAAUUAGGAAAAGUAAUGUUGAAUCAAUUUUGUGGCAAAAAUUUGGAAAAAAAUCUGGAUUUAUUUGAUUUAUAUGCAGAUAAGUUUGAAUUAUUAUCAUUGAAAUUUUUAAAAUUUCAUGGAAGCACAAACCUUGAUCAAGUUUUAGAUGCUAUGGAUUAUGCCGUUUAUGCUUAUGAUGUAAAGCAUAUAAUUAUUGAUAAUUUACAAUUUAUGUUAAAUAUAAAUAAAUUUUCUGAUAUAUAUGAGCUUCAAAAUAUUGCAAUUGAUAAAUUCAGAUCAUUUAGUACAAAUAAAAAUGUUCAUAUAACGUUAGUCGUUCAUCCUAGAAAAGAAGAUUCAAAUUUACUAUCUAUUUCUUCUGUUUUUGGUAGUGUAAAAUCUACACAAGAAGCAGACAAUGUUUUUAUUAUUCAAAGGCACGUAAAUAAAAGCAAUGAAACUAUUUUCUACAUAGACAUAAAAAAAAAUAGAUUUAAAGGGAGUCUAGGUAAAAUUCCAUAUAUAUAUAAUAAAGAAAAUAUGACAAUAAAAGAAAUUCCCAUAAACUAUUUAAAUGAGAAUUUAUCAACAAAUAGUUAUAAUCCCCAUAAUAGCGCAUCUAAUGACUUUAUAUCUAAUAAUAGCACGAUUAACAAUAACGUAAAUUUCACCCUUUGUGAUGAAUAUGAUUAUAUGAAACAGUUAGUCGAAGAAUAUGAAUCCAAACAUGCUAUAAGAAAAAAUCAUAAAAAUAAAAUUAUAAAUAAUUCAAAUAAUAUCAUUACAAAAAUAGAUGACAAAAGUAUAAUAGAUGAAAAUCAGGAAAAUAAAAAUAACAAGAAUAAUUCUACAACAUUUUUAAACAACAAAAAUAUUGAUAAUAGUGCUCAACAAACUGAAAGUACUUUAGAUGAUCAAAUUAAUGUAUUGGAUAUAAAAAAUAGAGAUAAUUCAUCUAAUACAAAUAGAGCUAUAUCAAAAAAAAAAGAAGCAAACGGUAAAUAUGAAAAUGAUGAUGUUAUAAAUAAUGUAUUCAAAGAUUAUAAUGCAACAACUAUAAAAAAAGAUUCAAACAGUGUCAUUAAAAAUAGGAAUAAUAAAGAUAAUAUUAAUUUAAUAGAAACACAAGUUUAUAAAAAAGAUAAAAACGCAUAUGAAAACUCUUCUAAGGAAAAUGCAUCUUAUGACUUAAGUAGUGAGGGGCUUUUAAAAUUAUGUGAAGAUUUAAAAGAUGAUAAAAGUGAAGUGUUAAAUAAAAAAGUAAUAGUAAUAUCAUUGAGAAAUUGCGUGAUAAAUAAUAAUUCCUCAAUGAAUGAUAUUAGAAAAUUUAUUAAAACAAAUAAAUUAAAUAUUAAAACUGCUGGAAAAAAUAUAAAAAAAAUAGAUGUUUUUAUUAGUAUUUUACAAAAUAUUCCUAGAGAAUAUAUUAUAAUUAAAAAAGAAGAAAAUAUAAGAAAAGAAAAAGCAAAAAAAAAUAAAAAUAAAGAAAUAAAUGUUAAUGAUCAAAAUUUCAGUAGUGAAAUAAUGUUGAAUGAUGGUAUUAAAGAUAAAAAUAAUAUGUAUAAUGAAGAAGACUCUCCUAAUAAAAAUAGUAAGGAAAAUUAUAGUAAUAAUAAAGCACCUAUAAAACAAGAAAUAGUAAGUAAUUACAAUACUAUGAAUACUUAUGAUUCAUAUACUAAUAAAGAGAAUUUUUUUGCUACCGAAAAAAAGAACAUUAAUAAUAUUAAUGAAAAAUAUAUAGAGGAAGUAAAAACUAAUUAUGAUGAUGAAAUAACAAAAAAGUAUUUAGAUGAUAAUAUAAUAAAUAUAGAUGGUAAUAUCAUAAAAAAGAGUUACAAUUUUAAGUUUGAGAAUGAUAACCAAAUAAUUAAUGAAACAUUAUAUUAUUACGAACCAAAAAAGAAAUUUGAUGAUGAUAUAGAAUCACGAUUUUUUCUCAUAAAUGACAACAAUUAUAAUGAAAAAAUAAAUUAUAUAUACAAGAAAAUAAAAUACUGUGGUUUGGAUAUUGAAACUACUGGUCUAGAAGUAUUUGAUGAGAAAAUUAGAUUAAUUCAAAUAUCAGUUGAAAAUUAUCCGGUAAUAAUUUAUGACAUGUUUAAUAUAAAUAAUGAAAAUGUUUUAAAAGGAUUAAGAGAAAUUUUAGAAAAUGAAAAUAUUGUAAAAAUAAUACAAAAUGGAAAGUUUGAUAGUAAAUUUUUGUUACAUAAUAAUUUUAAAAUUGAAAAUAUUUUUGAUACAUAUAUAGCAAGCAAAUUGUUGGACAAAAAUAAAAAUAUGUAUGGAUUUAAGCUAAAUAAUAUCGUUGAAAAAUAUUUAAAUGUAACAUUAGAUAAGCAACAACAGAAUAGCGUAUGGAAUAAUUCUCUUCUAAAUAAUAAUCAAUUAUUUUAUGCAUCUCGUGACUCUAGCUGCUUAUUGAAGUUAUACAAAAAGUUAAAAGAAGAAAUAAAAAAAGAAAAUUUAAAUAUUGUAAAUGAUAUAGAAAAUAAAUGUAUUUUACCAAUUUGUGAUAUGGAAUUAAAUGGUAUGAUGGUUGAUUUAGAAAAAUUGAAUAAAAGUACUAACGAAAUUUUAAAUGAAUUAAAUAUAGAAAAAAAUAAAUUAAAGGAGAAAUUAGAAGAAGAUAUAAAUGUAAAUUCUCAGCAACAAGUACUAAAAGCAUUACAAAAAAAUAAUGUGAGAGAUGAUUCAAAUAAUUUAAUUGAAAAUACGUCUGAUUGUAAUUUAAAAAAUUUCAUGAAUCAUGAAGAAGUUGUUAUUUUGAGAAAUUAUAGAAGAUUGUAUAAAUUAUAUUCUGCUUUUUAUUUAAAAUUACCAUUACAUAUAAAUAAAAAAACAAAUAAAAUACAUACUACUUUUAAUCAAUUAAAAACAUUUUCAGGUAGAUUUAGUAGUGAAAAACCUAAUUUACAACAAAUUCCUAGGAAAAAAAAUAUUAGAGAAAUUUUUAUUCCUAAUGAAAAUAAUAUUUUUAUAAUAGCUGAUUUUAAGCAAAUAGAGCUAAAGAUAGCAGCUGAAAUUACAAAUGAUGAAAUAAUGAUUAAAGCUUACAAUAAUAAUAUUGAUUUGCAUACCUUAACAGCUAGUAUUAUAACAAAGAAAAAUAUAAAAGAAGUAAAUAAGGAAGACAGGCAUAUAGCAAAAGCUAUAAAUUUUGGUCUCAUAUAUGGUAUGAAUUAUGUAAAUUUAAAAAAUUAUGCAAACACUUAUUAUAAUAUAAAUAUGAAUUUAGAUCAAUGUUUAUAUUUUUAUAAUUCCUUUUUUGAGCAUUAUAAGGGAAUAUAUAAAUGGCACAAUCAAAUAAAACAAAGAAAAUCUUUAGAAUAUUCUACUUUAUCUAACAGAAAAGUUGUAUUUCCAUAUUUCUCAUUUACAAAAGCUUUAAAUUAUCCUGUGCAAGGCACUUGUGCAGAUAUAUUAAAGUUAUCUUUAGUGGAAUUAUAUAAAAAUUUAAAAAAAAUUAAUGGAAAAAUUGUUCUAUGUGUUCAUGAUGAAAUUAUAAUUGAAACAGAAAAAAAAUAUCAAGAAGAAGCAUUAAAAAUUUUAGUUGAAUCAAUGGAAAAUUCAGCUUCUUUUUUUUUGAAAAAAGUUAAAUGUGAAGUAUCAGUUCAAAUAGCAGAAAAUUGGGGAUCCAAAGAUUAA